GUCGCGAUGACUGGUGGCUGCAGACUGCGUGUUUUCAUCUGGGCUGUGUUACUGCUGCUGCCCUCAGUCAUCAUGGCGUACAGACCAGUGAUUCUGGUUCACGGGCUGUUUGGUGGACCUGAACAGAUGGCGACGUUGAAAAAAUAUAUUAAACGGUCUCAUCCAGGUACCAGUGUGACUGCAAUAUCUCUGUAUAAUGCCGAUGCCAGUGUAAAGCCAAUGUGGGAACAGGUAGAAGGAUUUCGAAAGGCCAUCAAACCCAUCAUGGAGAGUGCUAAAGACGGCGUCCAUCUUAUCUGCUUUGCACAAGGUGGUUUGAUCUGUCGAGGAGUUCUUGCUACCCUUCCUCAUCACAAUGUUCACUCUGUGAUAUUCCUGUCUUCACCACUAGCUGGCCAGUAUGGAGAUUCAAAUUACAUCAGCAAGUUUUUCCCUUCAUUCAGCAAGUCAACACUGUACAAUGCUUGUUAUACUACACAAGGACAAAAACUAUCAAGCUGUAGCUACUGGAAGGAUCCACAUCAAAUAGAAAAGUACUUGAAGUACAGCGUCUUUCUGGCCCCGCUGAAUGGAGAAGUAAAAAAUGCCAAGUCAAAAGCGUGGCGCAAAAAUUUUCUGCGCAUAAAGACCAUGGUGUUGCUCGGCGGACCAGAUAAUGAAGUCAUUAAACCAUGGCAAUCAAGUAUGUUCGGGUUUUACAACAGCAAUGAAAAUGUAAUCGAUAUGGAACAACAGGAUUUUUAUGUAAAUGAUUCCUUUGGCCUGAAAACACUGAACCAAAGAAAAGCCAUUGUGAAGUGUAUCAUCCCUGGUGUUAAACAUGAUUCCUGGACUAAAAACCACAAAAUCUACAAAAAAUGCAUAGAAAAGUGGCUCACGUAACCUACAGAAGAAAAACUAACUGUAUCCCUUCACAAGCAAAAGCACAAUCCUAAAUGCAAUCAUGUUCCGUGUAGAUUAUGAUUGUACUCCUAUUGAUCCAUCAUAUUUCAUAAUGUAAUUCAUUUACACUUGAUGAUAAAUUGAUUGUGAAAUGGAGCUGUUUCCUAUUUGUGUAAAAUCAGUCUAAAGUUGUCACAGUCCAGCACAACUGAUUUAUUUACAUGCAUAUCUUUAUUUAAAAUGGGGAAAAUUUUUCUAAUAGUUGCAUGAAUCUAUUAAACUAUUCAAAUGUUUGGGGGUAAUAAAACAACUAGAAGUUAAUACUGUUUACUCUAUUUCUUCAAGUGACUAUAUAACAUGUAUUGUUUAAGUCUAUUUUGCUAAAUGCAGUUCUUUUGAACAUUUGCAUGUUAUCAAAGGGUCUUGAAAACUAAUUGCGUAUUUUCCAAAAUAUAUGAAUUUGCAAAGCUGGAGUGCCAAUAAAUAAUGCGUAAGACCUAAAUCAGUUGAACAAAAUCUAAGAAAUAAAAUUUAAAAAG